AUGUCAGAUGUUCUGGAUGUUAUCAUCAUAGGAGCUGGUCUCAGCGGCCUCCAGGCCGCCGUAGACCUACAGAAAGGCGGUCGAACUAUUGCCGUUCUCGAGGCUCGGAACUGCGUCGGGGGCAAGACAAGAUCUGUGCAGCGGUCGGAUGGGAAGGGCGUGCAGGAGAUGGGUGCUGCAUGGCUCAAUGAUAGCAACCAGGCGCGUGUUUGGAACUACUGCCAAGAGUUCGGCCUAACGCCCGUCUUGCAAGCGAACCAGGGACUGGUGGCAAGCGAAGACGAAGACGGGACGUGCCAUUUCUUCCCUUUUGGCGCCAUGCCCAACUUCUCAGCGUCAGAAGUUGACAACAUCACCGCAAUUCGAGAUGUUGUAGAAGCGGCGUCCUUGGACCCAGCAUCAUACCGUCAACCAGAGCGCGCCCGGCUCGAUGGCAUCACAUUCGAGCAAUUCUGUCGCGAUGCCGGGGCCGGUACUCGCGCCCUGAACACCGCCAGGCUUUGGUGCCGCGGCACGCUCGGCCAGGAUCCCAACGAGGUCUCGGCGCUCUCCUUUCUGGAGAUCGCUCGUGGUGGGCUGGGUAUCAUCAAUUUGAGGUACGACGGCAAACACGGCGCCCAAUAUCUCCGCCUGGAGGAGGGUACGCAGGCCAUCGCCAUUGGAAUCUCCAAGAUGCUACCUACCGGAACCAUUCAUCUCAAUACCGCGGUCAACACGGUGACUCAAAACUCGUCGAACCUUUGUACUGUCACGGCGAGCCGAGGUCAGGUCUUCAAGGCGCAAAAAGUCAUUAUCAGUAUCCCCGGGCCGUCGUACAAGAACAUCACAUACAGCCCACCGCUACCGCCGCUGAAACACAUCUUCCGAGGUCCUUUGAACCACUGUCGCGAUACUUCAGUUGACCAUGCCGGCAACUACGCGCUGACGUGCUUCAUUACGUCCGCUCCUGGGCGAAAGUGGGCAUGCCUGAGCGACGAGGAUCGUCGAAAGACUGUGCUCAAGCAGCUGGGCUCCCUAUUUGGCGUAGGACACGCGGCAGUCGAGACGGAGCUCUUAGAUACCAUCACCUCCGAGUGGGUGGAGGACCGCUGGGCCGGCUGGGGCUGCCCAGUGGCCGCAACCCCACCCGGGGUCAUAGGCUCAAGUCUCGAUGGCGAGAUGAUUCAGGAGAAGUUUGGUGCAAUUUACUUCAUCGGAACCGAGCUGGCUGAGGAAUGGCGGGGAUAUAUGGAAGUGGCACUCCAGAGCGGAGAGCGUGGUGCAGCACAGGCUUUGGAAGAUUUCCGUCUGCAAGAUACGAGGCUAUAG